AAACAGCAGAAAACGAAGAGAGCAAAAAACCAUUUUACCAAUAGAAAACAUGAAAGAAAUGAAAGAAAUCUCUGUUCUGUUUCAGAUUUAACCAAAGUAAGUAUCAAAUUUUCUUCUCUCUUUGCAUAACAACACCAAGAAAUAGCCUUCUUCUGACUCUCCCACUUUCUCUCUUUGGUGCACUUUCAGAUCAUUUUUGAUUUGACUUCCAUAACUUUCUUCUUUAAAACCUCUCAAAUUUCCACCCUUUUUACUCCACCCCAAGGUUUUUUGCUUUUUCAUUUUUAGCUGAAUCUUGAACUUCUCAAAUCUAGCAGUCAAACGAUUUAUCAGCUUGAUCACUCUUUUUUGAAGUUGUUUGAUUUGUGGGUGGUUAAUUGUUCAUUAGAGGAAGACCCAGAUUGGAAUAUGUUGGGAAAUGAGGUUUAGAUUUAAGAAAUGGGGUGUGUUUUCGGAAGAGAGGUAUCUUCUGGGAUUGUUUCAGAGUCUAGAGCGAGUAGGAAUGCUAGCUUUGAAUCUAAUAGGAAAGUAGAGCAUGUUACGGUUGCGAAGACUGAUGCUAGUGUUGUAGGGGUUGAAAAUGAGGGUACCCAAAAGGAGGAAAAAUCUGAUGGGGAAAGGAAACAAAAGGGGGAAAGAAGAAGGUCAAAGCCAAACCCCAGGUUGAGUAACCUACCCAAGCAUUCGCGUGGAGAGCAGGUGGCAGCGGGAUGGCCUUCGUGGCUGUCGGAUGCCUGUGGCGAGGCACUUAAUGGGUGGAUUCCACGGAAGGCUGAUACAUUUGAGAAGAUUGAUAAGAUUGGCUCAGGAACAUAUAGCAAUGUGUACAAAGCUAAAGAUAUGGUAACAGGAAAAAUUGUUGCUCUAAAGAAGGUCCGGUUUGAUAAUCUUGAACCUGAGAGUGUAAAAUUCAUGGCUAGAGAGAUUCUCAUAUUGCGGAGGUUGGAUCAUCCCAAUGUUGUAAAAUUGGAAGGUUUAGUUACUUCGAGGAUGUCUUGUAGUUUGUAUUUGGUAUUCCAGUACAUGGAGCAUGAUUUGGCUGGGCUUGCGGCAAGCCCAAUAGUAAAGUUUUCAGAACCACAGGUUAAAUGCUACAUGCAUCAACUACUCUCUGGUCUUGAGCACUGUCACAACCGCGGAGUGCUUCAUCGUGAUAUUAAGGGCUCAAAUCUUCUUAUUGAUGAUGGGGGAGUACUCAAGAUUGCUGAUUUUGGGUUAGCGACAUUCUUUGACCCAAACCGCAAGCAUCCAAUGACUAGUCGGGUGGUUACUCUUUGGUAUCGAGCCCCUGAGCUUCUUCUUGGAGCUACAGAUUAUGGUGUUGGUGUGGACCUCUGGAGUGCUGGAUGCAUUUUAGCUGAGCUCUUGGCUGGCAAGCCCAUUAUGCCUGGUCGAACGGAGGUAGAGCAACUACAUAAAAUAUACAAGCUAUGUGGUUCACCAUCAGAUGAAUACUGGAAAAAAUCGAAGUUGCCAAAUGCAACCUUAUUUAAGCCUCGAGAGCCAUAUAAAAGAUGCAUAAAAGAGACAUUUAAAGAUUUUCCAGCAUCAUCGCUGCCCCUCAUUGACACUCUUCUUGCAAUUGAUCCAGCUGAACGUCUGACUGCCACUUCUGCACUGCGAAGUGAAUUCUUUAUGACCGAACCUUAUGCUUGUGAACCUUCCAGCCUCCCAAAAUACCCACCCAGCAAAGAGAUGGAUGCAAAACGACGAGACGAUGAAGCUCGAAGGCUCAGAGCUGCUAAUAAAGCUCAGGGUGAUGGUGCAAGAAAGACAAGGACACGUGAUCGUGCAAGGGCAAUUCCUGCUCCAGAAGCCAAUGCUGAGCUUCAGUCUAAUCUUGAUCAGAGAAGGCGCUUAAUAACCCAUGCGAAUGCAAAGAGCAAAAGCGAAAAGUUUCCUCCACCACACCAGGAUGGAGCACUCGGCUUUCCUUUAGGAGCAUCACAGCACAUUGAUCCUUCAUUUGUUCCUCCAGAUGUCCCCUUCAGCUCUACAUCAUUUACUUAUUCAAAAGAGCCGAUUCAAACUUGGUCUGGUCCAUUGGUAGACUCUACUAGCAUGGGUGCUCCAAGGCGAAAGAAGCAUGUUGCAGGCGAUUCACGCGAACCACCUAAACCUCCUACAGGAUCCGAAAAGGACAAAAGUGGCGACUCCCGUGUUAAAGGGAAGAAAAGCAUACUUUAAACUCUCAGUGCAUACGUAAGAAAGUGAUUUAUGAAAGUGGUUGAAUGCAUUUGCUGAUAUCGUUUUCAUGGAGUCUUACUGCUACUUAAUGCAAGUAUAUUUAAUAGGUUCUUGUUUGUUUUUUGUCACAGAAGCAUGUAUUGUUUUGUUAAAGGGUUGAAAUCAAUUUUUCUAUAUAUUUUUUUGUUACCUUUACUUUUUUAUUCUUUUUAGCCCCCAAAGAAUCUCUCUAAUUUGUUGGACCCUUGAGUAUAAGUUUCCACUGUUAUGUAUAUCUUUAUUUCUCAGUUCUUAAAA